AUGGAGGACAACUCUCCAGCGAUCUCCACUCCUCCAGCAUCCGCGCGGACUGUUGUUAAGCCGCAGCGUGUUCUGGCCUGCGUGCUUUGUCAACAAAGGAAGGUCCGUUGUGACCGCAGAUUUCCAUGCGCCAACUGUGUCAAAUCCAGCGCGCAAUGUGUGCCAGCAACCCUGGUCCCACGUCAGCGGCGUAGAAGGGUCCCCGAGAGAGAGCUUCUGGAGCGCCUUCGCCGCUAUGAAACUCUGCUUCGCCAGAAUAAAAUUGACUUUGAACCUCUGCACACGUCUACUGCAGAGAAGACAUCCCCUAAUGAGGACAUCAAAAGCAUUGACUCCCCGGACGAUGGGCACUCAGAAGAAAAUACCCUCACCCCAGAUCAGCCGGCAACAGGCAAGGCACCUGCCAAGGCUGAAACAGUAUUCGAAGCCAGAAACUACUGGCACACCAUGAGACAGCGUGCUCGAGACCAUGAGGAUGAGGAUGAGGAUGACGACGACGAUCACGAUGACAACGAAAGCCGCCUCCCUCACGAUGCUGUGCGUGAGGAAGUGAUCAAAAGGGUCUUUGACCAGCUGUAUCAGAGUAACGACCACCUUCUCUUUGGCUCACGCACGAGCAACGUAAAUCUUCUCACCUUGCACCCCAGCCCAAGCCAGAUCUUCAGGCUCUGGCAGAUUUACCUCGACAAUGUCAACCCUUUGCUCAAAGUCACGCACACACCAACAUUGCAAGCACGCAUCAUCGAUGCCGCCGGAAAUCUCUCCAACAUUGAUCCCACAUUGGAAGCACUCAUGUUCAGCAUAUACUGCGUAUCUGUUCCCAGCCUUGUCGAAGACGAAUGUCGCACUUUGUUUGGCUCAUCAAGAACAGAUCUCCUGACGAGUUACCAGUUCGGCUGUCAACAAGCUCUGAUGAACUGUGGGGUCUUACGGUCCAGUGAGGUCGAUUCCUUGACAGCACUCUUUCUCUACCUGGUUUCCGUCCGACGAGUUACCGAUCCUCGAUCUCUGUCCUCGACGCUCGGCGUCGCGAUUCGCAUUGCCCAACGCUUGAGCAUUCAGAAUGAGUCAACCAAUGCCAAAUGUGCCGCCCUCGAAGCGGAGAUGCGCCGCAGACUCUGGUGGUCACUGGUCAUGUUCGACAAUCGUAUCGGCGAAAUGUCCGAUCUGAAGUCCUCCAUGUUGGCUCCCACCUGGGCAUGCUGCGUUCCUCUGAACAUCAACGAUUCUGAUAUCAGUCCGGAGAUGAAAAUCCCACCAGCUGUAUACGACAAACCCACCGAUUCCAUAUUUGUCGUGGUGCGUAGCGAGAUUGCCGACUUCGUUCGCCAUAGCUCCUUCCACCUCGACUUCACCAACCCUUCCUUGAAGGCUGUCGCAGGUCUGAACACAGCGCACGACCCAGUGGGAGAACACCGCCAGCUGGCCACCCUGGAAAAGAGCAUAGAGGACAAAUACCUUCAAUUCUGCAACCCAGAGAAUCCACUCCACUUUAUGACGAUCUGGUCAACGCGAGGUCACUUCGCGAAAUGCCAUCUCAUGGUAUACUACGCUAGGUUUUCGUUUUCCUCCGUGCAGGAAACGGACGCGCAACGUAACCACGCUUUUUCGCUCGCGCUGCACAUGCUAGAGUGUGACACGAGGCUCAUGGCUUCACCACUUAUCAAAGGAUAUCACUGGCUUCUUCAGAUGUAUUUCCCUUUCUUUGCGUACAUCCAUAUUGUUCAAGACCUGAAAAGACAGCCUAUGACGGCACUUGCCGACAGAGCAUGGGAGAUCAUGAGCGACAACUACAAUGGUCGCUUCACGGUCAUGGAACAGGACGACCAGAUCUUUGCUCGGGUCUUCGCUCGGGUCGUCCUACAGGCCUGGGAGGCUCGUCAAGCGGCGUUCAAUGAGCGCGAUCAGUCGCUGGAUACCCCACGGAUUGUAUCGAAGAUUCAACAGGAACCCCCACGGAUUGUGGUGAAUAUUCAACAGAGACUGGCACAGAUCGCUGCAAAUUCACAGAACAGCACGGCGGACCUGCAGAACGAUAUCGGAGGGAUGAACCUCGACGAUCUACCCAUGGCUAUGCCAGGUUUUGGUGGCAAUGGCGUGCCAUACACCCCUAGCUGGCCGGGCUACGCAGGACCUCCAGCUUUGGGAACAUACCCUGACCUAUUCGGACAGGCUACAAUGGAUGUCGACGUGAACCCUAUUGACUGGACCUCAAUGAAUUGGAGAGCAAUGCAGGGCCCGCCUUGGUAAUACUGCUAUACUCAUAGACUCACGAGUGCCUUAUUCUUGAUAAUGAGAACUGUUCCACCAAGACUGCUUCCACCAGCCAGGUCUGCCACCAACUGGUUGAAUCUAGUUCCUCCUUCGCUGGCAAGGUUUGUAACAAGUCCCGAUGACCCUGUCGCCUGAU